UUUUUUUAACUUCUCGCGGACGAAUUCGCAAACAACAGCUAGUGUUAAUUUUCAGGUCGACGUUUUGUGAUAAUUCCACAAUCGGAAUUAAUGAACGAAAAUAUGCCAUUGUUGUUGUCCAAUGUUAAAAUAGUGAACGCGUCUGUUACUGCCAACCCUGUCGAUCAUAUACAAAGGAUGAUAGUGCCUAAUAGCAUACCAGAAAUGGCAACACCUCAUCAGUUGCAAUUAAUGCCAUGGGUGCCAUUGGAGUUAUGGGUUCAAGGGAAAAGUGACAAUGACCUGGUUAUUUUGCAAGUAAAUUCAUCCAAACCAAUAUGGACGAUGAAUGGUGGUCAAAGUAUAGUAACAUUGACGGAUUAUGCGUGUGACACGCCCGUCUACUGCAGCCUGCCUAUACAAGAUAAAACUAGAAUCAUAUUUCCGGAAGAAAACAACGGGACAGCAGUAUAUAAUCCGCCUACUUUACAAAUAUACGAGGAAUCCGCUAACGGGAAUACGCCGUUCGCUAAAUGGGUUAAUUCCGUUGUUAAUAAUAAAAAUAUAAACAAUAGUACAUAUGUAAAUGACAAAGAGAUGACACAAGAAACAACAUCCAGAAUAAAAGUGAAAUCUUUCGCCAAAAUAACGAAAAUACCUGACAAUUUCGUAGCACCGAGUCGAGUUUGUUUACAAGAUAGGUUGUAUGUGAAAGUGUCUGAUCAACCUUUGAAAUAUGCUAAGGUAAUAACAGCAUUGUCGAGUUUAGAUGAGUUCCAUAACUUAGUGUUAGAGGACGCACCCCUCAAGUUAUUACCCAAAGAUGUUAUCCAUUAUGAUUCCUUACAAUCAUUGAAUAACCUCAAGAAUUCAUUUAUUUGGCCACUAAGUAGACAUAAGUGUUAAGUGAUAUUUAUUGACAAUGGAAACCAACCCUUAUAGUGAAGUGUACUUUAAUAAAUUUGUGUUUUUUUGAGAUAUUAAGUUUUUUU